AUCAGAUGGCCAUGGCGUUCAUCACCAUCCCAUUCCUCCCACCAGCCUCUGCAUGCUACGUCGUCUUUCUAGCAGUUGUUCUUUUCUUCCUUUUCAGAUGGUUCUUGGAACGCAAACAGAACAACCACGUCUACUCCAACUGGCCUUUUCUGGUCUCGGUCCCGGUGUUGUUCUUGAACAGCCACAGGAUAUAUGAGCUGUUGACGGAGGCUUUCAUCAAGCUUGGCAGCACUUCCUUCUACCUGAAGGGCCUCGUCUUGUCUAAUAUCGACUACCUGGUGACUUGUAAUCCCAAAAACUUAGAGCACAUCUUCAAGACCAACAUCGCCAACUAUCCAAAAGGCAAGAAUUUCAUGCAGAUAUUCGAUAUUCUUGGCGAUGGAAUCUUCAACGCAGAUUCUGAGUCCUGGCAAAUGCAGAGGAAGGAUGCACACUCUGCUUUCAGCCAUAUAUUGAAGAGAUUUGGAGGGACAAAGAAUAGAUGGUGUGACCGACAAAUUGAUGUUUACAAGGCGUGCCUAAAUGCAUAAACCAAAGAGACAAUAGACCUCAAAGUCCAGAUUAUGAGAUCCGCCUCCAACAGAACGGUCUAUGAAUACAUGCAUGUAAAAUGAUAUUGAAUCAGAUAAAAUAUCUUCAUUA